AUGGCAACAGCUUUGCAAGAGAGACAAAAGGCUAGCGGAAGUGCACAUGUUGUAUUAUCUGUUGGUAAUCGAGCGGUGGUUCCUCCAAGCAUGGUAAAUAACAAUGGAAAAUCCUCAGGGUCGUCCAAGUCGUCAGGAACUACUUCAAUUAAUGGUCCAAGUAUUAUUACAGUUAAUGGUGGAUUGACGGGUCAAAGUAUGAAUGCUCCUGAAAGAGAAAAGGUAACGUUUGGAUUGAAGCGAAAGGCUGAACAAGAUUUAGAGAAACCACCCAAGAAAUCCAAGGAUCAGAAUGUUAAU